GGUGCCCAGCACAGCCCCUGCUCAAUUAUGUCCUUAAACAACACAAAAAAGGGAUUAUUUUCCAAAUUUCUUCUCCUGAGCCUCUGUGGUUCAUCUUGGAAGACUCAAGGAGCUUUAUGCUUUCUGCUGUAGUAAGACUUUUAAAAGUGCAUGUUGAUGGCAAUUAGAAAGGAUGUUUUUCUCAGGUUGCUUUCAAAAUGUUGUUGCACUCUAGCAGGUGUAGCAUAUACAGAUGAAGAGGAAAAUAUAUUUUAGGCUAGAUUUGUGUGCAUACCCAGGGGGUUAAGGUUCUUCAGCUAAAAGGAGCUGCAGACAACAACUGCUUUUAUGCACCUGAAGUUUUGGAAUUCAAGUUUAUGGACCAGGGCUUGACUUGAAAUGGCUUGAAACGUCCUAUUGGACUGGAGUUGGAAUCUCGUGAAAUCAGUACCUGAUGCUUUUUGAAGUCUAAUGGAGCUACCUGAAAUGGGUGGCAUUGUAGACUGCCGGGACCUAGUUCCUCUAAUACCCUGUUGGAAUACCUGUCAGCAAUGAUUAGCUCAAAAGAGGAGGAUUCACAAAAAUUUCUGCAAUAUGUUGAAGACUAUGGACUAAGAGCAUAUAACAGAUUGGUCUCACAGAACAUCAGCCACGAGUGUAAUGAGAAAAACUGGAUUAAGUUUCAGGGGAAAAUCGAAACGAAGCAAAAACAGGAAGAAGCCAUUAUAAGGGGGGAAGACGUGAUCACCGAUGUUAAGCACCUGCGAAUGGGCUCCAUGAGCAUGCCGGCCCCUGUGGAACACAUAUCUCCCCACCAGCACCAGCCCUCCUGUAACCCAGGUUUCACAGUUCGCUCUCAGUCCCUACACUCUGUGGAAGGAGGGGAGGAGGAGGGCAGCCCCACAUCCCGUAAGCAGCCCCCUCCCAAACCACGGAGGGACCCCAGCACCAAACUCAGCAUCUCCUCUGAAGCUGUGGACCUCAGUCCCACCGGGAAUAAAGGCAAUGAUCCAGAGAGGUGUGAUGGAACACAAGGCUGCAGUGAGGACUGCAGGAAAAUUCCUCCACCGAAACCUAAGAGGAAUCCUAACACGCAACUAAGCACUUCCUUUGAUGAGUCUUACAUCCGCAAUCAUGGUUCAAAAGGUUUUCCUACCAUGCUCUUCUCAAGUGAUUUCCAGGCUCCUUCCCCUGCUCAGCCACAGUGCCCACAGGAUUCAGACUUAGUUGAACCUGUCUACAUUGAGAUGUCUGGGAAUGUGGGACGAGAAACGACCCUCCAGCCUGAGGAAGAUGAGCCGGGUGAGGCUGUCUAUGAAGAGAUGAAGUAUCCAGGCCUUGACGAGUUUGACAUGCGUUGGGAUCUUUCUAGCUGUCGCUCACAGUGUGCCACACCCUGUACACCUGAGCUUGAUAUCCAUGCCACCCUAAACCGUUGUACUACCCCUUGGGGCAUGCCAGUUUGUGACAUCCCUGCCCCAUUCCCCAACCUGUUGACACAUAGGCCACCUUUACUGGUUUUCCCUCCAGUCCCAGCUCAGUGCUCUCCCAACUCGGACGAGUCCCCACUCACCCCUCUCGAUGUAGCAAAGCUUCCUAUGUUAGAGAACAGUUCUUAUGGCAAGUCACCAACCUCAUCUUCUCUGGAACCCUCUGGCUCCACAUCUACACCUCACCUAAGACGUGCUGAGAGGGAGCUAGCAGCCACUCCUACAAUAACAGUAUCUGGGCGAUCGUCGGCACCACCACUGCCCUGUGGCGUCUAUAAAAGUUAUUCCUCCUCACAUGGUUAUCAGCGCAGUCACUCAGCCUGUCCCUCACCUGUUAGUAUGGGCCGCUGCCUGACGCCCCUCAGCCUCAUGCGGUCACCUCCUUUUGAGGGGACAUUUCCUACAACAGGCCUUCCUCGCAGUGCCUCUGCCACACCACAUGGAAAGGGAUCACCGCCGCAGGAUGCAAGCUCAGGGGGACGGCAUCAUGGCUCCAUGCAGAAUGUGUCAGUGGCACGGUCACGAACGCCCACUAGCCCUCUAGAUGAGCUCACAAACCUCUUCACCACUGGCAGGAACAUGCUGAAAAAGAAUACCAGUGGCAGAAAGAGCAAGGAGCCGGGAGAAAUUGAAAUCAAAGGAAAAGGUCACAGUUCAGAGUACAAAUGGGAGCAUAAGGAGAGGAGCCAUCACAGCAAAGAAUUCAAGUGGGAUAAAGACCGAAGCAGCAAUCGAAAGUCCUUGCAUCGUCGUGACAGCAAAGACAGAGAACCAAAUGGCACUGAAGCCUUAUCUCGACAUGACAGCAAAGACUGUGGAUAUAGUAAUGUUGAGCCAUUAGCCAGAAGGGACAGCAAGGACAGGGGAUAUAACUGCCCAGAGCUGCCUCCCCGACAACAGAGCAAAGAUGAGGCACUGCCUCAUCGAGAGAGGAAAGACAAGGGAUGCAAUAAUGCAGAACCUUUUGCCAGGCAUGACAGUAAAGAGCGAGGUUGUGUUGAUCCAGAGCACUUGCCCAGACAAGACAGUAAAGAUCUUCUUAAAAAUGGCCCAGACCACAGAUGUGCCAGCCGAGAGAUUGUUUGCCAUGGGACAGACCUUCUUCCCAGACACGCAAAUAAAGAUCUGUGUAGAGCAGGCUUGGAGCGUCAACGGGAUAAAGAUGGUGACAAGCAUGUCAUAGAAUCUGGGAAGGACAAGGAGAAAAACAACCACAGUGCUGACAGCCGGAGGGGGAGCAAGGAAAGGAUCAUCAAUGGUAAUGAAGUCAUGAGCAAAUGGGACUGUAAAGAUAAAGGAGUACACACAAAUGAGACUUUACCCUGGUAUGAUGAGAAAGAUAGAAGCAAUUAUAGCACAGAAUCACCCAAAGCACAGGACAAAGAUGCAAGGUCUGGAUCUUCAGCCAUGGCAUUAACCACUCGGUCUGGACAAUCCUCCACAAGUCCAAAUAUAAUGUUGGGGAAUUCAAACUCUGGAAUGUUCCUUGCAGAGCUGAAGAUGGUUCCAAAGGUAGGACGGUCUUCUUCUUCUACAACAGUAUCACCAUCUCCAAAAGGCACACCUCAAAGACAGCCAGCUGAUGUCCAACAGAUCCCCCCUAUGCCAUGGUUGUAUAGUGACAGCACCAUGGUGGAGAUGAUCGAGAGGAAACAACGCCUCUGCCGGGAGAUACGGUCUCGACAAUGUCUUCCUGACCAUAGCCCAUGCAAGAAAGAAAGCCUGCCUACAAUUCCCAGCUGGAAAAAAACUAACGUGGCAAAGAAGCACAGCCCACCCCCCUACCCUACUCAGACUACAGUCUUCUGGGACACAGCCAUUUGAAUUUGUGGAUUUGUGAGCAUUUUAGGGUCAUGCUGUCUUUCAUUAUCAAGCAGGUUUGAACCCACCAAAAGGAUAUUACUGUAGCAAUAUUUCAGAGCUUGCAGUUUAUGAUGUUUUCGUAAUAUUGUUGAUAUUUAAUAUUUUUAUAUGCAAUGUUCUUUAAUGAGUUAGCAUCAAUAGAUAUUUUCUAAAUUACAAACAUUAUCCAUGCAAAGAUUUUGUAUGUGUUGCUGCCAUUUUUUUUUUUUACCUCGCAAUGCACAAUCUAUACCUUUUCAUCCAGCUUGUACUUGCCUUUCUAUUUUAAUAACUCUGAAAAUGACGUUUCUGUGGUAUUUUACCAUACUUAAUGAAGUCUAAUUAAACACUGGACAUUGUGGUGAUUGGAUUAGGGCUAGCUUCAUUCUAGCUGUCUUUGCACACAUUAUUAGAUCAUUUAUUUGAAUGUCUUAUUUGAGUGUUCCUGUAGCUCAAUUGGUAGAGUGUAGUUCUAUCAAGUGCAAGGUUGGGGGUUCGAUUCCCCGGGAACACAUGAUAGGUAAAAAAUGAUAGCCUGAAUGCACUGUAAGUCGCUUUGGAUAAAAGCGUCUGCUAAAUGCAUAAAUUUUAUUUAAUUUCUAACAUAAACAGAUCAAGAAUUUCUCAAAAGCCUUCAGAAAGGUUUCAUUUUUUUUAACCACAUUCUCAUUUGCUCUGCCUUUGAUUUCUUUAGUCAUUUAAAGUGAGUAGUAAUUUUCAGAGUAUGACUGAUUUAAGAUCAGGUCAUUGCACAUAGUAAAAGGUUAUGUUUUUUUUCUUCUGUGUAAUACAGAAAAUUUCUCCUUUAUGGGAUGUUGUAACAGCUCUGUGUGUACAUGACGUACAGGUGUAAAUCUCGAGGGACAGCCAUCUCCUCUUUGGGUCUGUGGCAAUAGCUGGCGGAUGACAUUAAGAAUCCUUUGAGAAGUGCACAGAUAGUCACCCAGAGAUGAAUGACAGUCUGUAAUAUAUAUAUAUGUUUUUGUUUAUUUUUUAAAAUCUCAGCAUUUUUAAGUAUUGUGUACAUGGACUGAUAAUUGUAAAAUGAGAUGAUUUUGUGUAAUUGUCUUGUGAAGAAUGGCUGUGCCAUAAUUUACCAUAAGUUAUCGGAGUAGAUUUGGAUUUGGAAUUGAAAAUUCAGACAGACACAACUGUCUGUAUUAGCAAAACAAACCAAUGACCAGUAGCUCUCAGCUAUUUGCAAGUAUAUAGGACCUAUGGCUUCAAGGCCAGGUAACAGGGAUUAUGGCUGCAUAAACAAAGAGGCUGUACAAAAGAGCUGCAAUUCCACAAUCCUCUGUCACAUAUUACCUAACUGGAUACCCACUGUUGUCCCUCUACCUCAACCUCUCAAAUCAGUUCAAGUAGUCAUUCAUUUGCACAACCAAUGCACCAUCUGCAUUGCCAAAGUAUUUGGAUGUUGUAGUAAAAUUUCCUCACCUCCCCAAUUCCUCAUUACUUCCAUUGACCUCCAUGUUUGAAAUUGAUGCCUGUACAAAAUGUGUUGCUUUGGAGACCGGUACUCACUGUAACUGGGUCACACUGGGUGAACACAGUCGUAAAGACUGUAGACUAACCCCCUGAGAGAGUUAUUGAGGAUUGUUUGCUGGUUUACAAGCAUUUUGGAGAAAUACAAUUAUUAAAUGUCUAAAAUAGUAUUUUAGACACUGUAUAAAACAGAUGGUCCAUUUAUUUAACUCAUAUGGUUGUGUGAGGUAGUCAUAGGUUGGAUGACAAGAGGAAUAAACAACCGAGGUAGCACUUGGUAUAGUCUCAAAAACAUGGAGGUUACAUGUUGUAGCCUGUUUUUUUUUAUGUAUGUGUGUCAAGCUACCACUAUAUGCAGAUCACCAAUAAACGUUGUAAUUCACUCUCUUGUGGCUAGAGGCUGCAGUAUGGAAAGUAACAAUGAACAAUCAUCUUUGUAUUUAAAAUGUGCACUGUGACAAAAAGCCUAUGUCCUUUGUUUUUACUGCACUGAGUGUUCGCUUAACUGUACAGUGCCAUUAGUAUGCUGAUUGUCACAAGAGACUUUUCAAGAUGAAUAAACAAAUAUAAAAUUUAAAAUUC